CGGGCUGCGGCGCCCAGCUCCGCGCCGUCAUGGUGGCCCCGAUGUAUGGCUCCCCGGGCGGCCGCCUGGCCCGGGCAGUGACGCGGGCGCUGGCGCUGGCCCUGGUGCUGGCCCUGCUGGUCGGGCUGUUCCUGAGCGGCCUGACCGGCGCGAUCCCGACCCCGAGGGGCCAACGGGGACGGGGGAUGCCGGUUCCGCCCGCCUCCCGCUGCCGCUCGCUGCUCCUGGACCCCGAGACGGGCCAGCUGAGCCUGGUGGAUGGCCGCCACCCUGACGCCGUAGCCUGGGCCAACCUUACCAACGCCAUCCGCGAGACCGGGUGGGCCUUUCUGGAGCUGCACACGAACGGCCGCUUCAAUGACAGCCUGCAGGCCUACGCCGCGGGCGUGGUGGAGGCAGCUGUGUCCGAGGAGCUCAUCUACAUGCACUGGAUGAACACAGUGGUGAAUUACUGCGGCCCCUUCGAAUAUGAAGUCGGUUACUGCGAGAGGCUCAAGAACUUCCUAGAGGCCAACCUGGAGUGGAUGCAGAAGGAGAUGGAGCUGAACAAUGGCUCUGCUUACUGGCACCAGGUGCGGCUGACCCUCCUGCAGCUGAAGGGCCUGGAGGACAGCUAUGAAGGCAGUGUGGCCUUUCCAACUGGGAAGUUCACCAUCAAACCCUUGGGGUUCCUCCUGUUGCAGAUCUCUGGGGACCUUGAAGACUUAGAGGUGGCCCUGAAUAAGAGCAAGACCAACCAUGCUAUGGGCUCUGGCUCCUGUUCUGCCCUCAUCAAACUGCUGCCUGGCCAGAGUGAUCUCCUGGUCGCCCACAACACCUGGCACUCCUACCAGUACAUGCUGCGCGUCAUGAAGAAGUACUGGUUCCAGUUCAGAGAAGGGCCCCAAGCGGAAUCCGCCCGGGCUCCUGGCAACAAGGUGAUCUUCUCAUCCUACCCUGGUACCAUUUUCUCCUGUGAUGACUUCUACAUCCUUGGCAGUGGGCUGGUGACCCUGGAGACCACCAUCGGCAACAGGAACCCGGCCCUGUGGAAGUACGUGCAGCCCAAGGGCUGCGUGCUGGAGUGGAUGCGCAACGUUGUGGCCAAUCGCCUGGCCUUGGACGGGGACUCCUGGGCCGACAUCUUCAAGAGGUUCAACAGUGGCACGUACAACAACCAGUGGAUGAUCGUGGACUACAAGGCGUUCGUCCCCGGCGGGCCCAGCCCUGGGAGAAGGGUGCUCACUGUCCUGGAGCAGAUCCCGGGCAUGGUGGUGGUGGCUGACAGGACCUCGGAGCUCUACCAGAAGACCUACUGGGCAAGCUACAACAUCCCGUCCUUUGAGUCUGUGUUCAAUGCCAGCGGGCUGCCGGCCCUGGUGGCCCGCUACGGGGCCUGGUUCUCCUACGAUGGGAGCCCCCGGGCCCAGAUCUUCCGACGGAACCACUCACUGGUGCACGACCUGGACUCCAUGAUGCGGCUUAUGAGGUACAACGACUUCUUGCACGACCCCCUGUCACUGUGCAAAGCUUGCACCCCCAAGCCCAACGGGGAGAAUGCCAUCUCGGCCCGCUCUGACCUCAACCCUGCCAACGGCUCCUACCCCUUCCAGGCUCUGCACCAGCGCUCCCACGGGGGCAUCGACGUGAAGGUGACCAGCACGGCCCUGGCCAAGUCCCUGCGCCUCCUGGCGGUCAGUGGCCCCACGUGGGACCAGCUGCCUCCGUUCCAGUGGAGCACCUCGCCCUUCAGUGGCAUGCUGCACAUGGGCCAACCUGACCUCUGGAAGUUCUCGCCCAUCGAGGUCUCUUGGGACUGAGGCUCUGUCUCUGCUAUGCUGCCUUCUGCCCUCGCUGACCCAGCGGGGACCACCCGACUGGCUGCCACCCUGCCCUCCCGCCUGCCUCCUCUGCAGGGGAGGGGGCAUCAUCGCCCUGCUGUGCCCAGAUGGGGACCUGGGGCGGAGCCGGGUUCACUGUUGUCUGGGCGGCCUCCGGGGUGGGGAAUGGAACCCCAGGGGGCGCGGGACUGUUUCCCCUGCCUGGGUGAUGCAAUCCCCAUCUCCCUCUGCGUCUCUCUCCUGCUUUUUUCGCUACCAUCCUUGGGUCCCAGGACCUGGUCCUGGGCCCCCAGUGGGGCCAGCAGGAGAGGCCCCAGUGCCUACAUCCCAGCACUGUUCUGCCCGUGGCUCUGGAGCUUCGGCUCCAGGUCAGUGUCACUCCUCCCAUCCCCAUCCCAGCCCGUCCGCUCCCUGGGGUUUCUCCUCCUGGAGGACGGAAACUGGAAACCCUACAAAAAACCAAAGUUUCUGGCUACCUGUGGCAGGAGAGGCCUGAGCGUCCUGCCCUCCUCAGGGCCAAGCAGGAGUGUCAGCCCCUUGGCUCCAGCUUCGUGGCCCCCGCCCCCCAGCGCCGGCCUGCCUUGGCCUCCGGGCAGGGCCCACAGGCCCCCUGCUACCGGAACCGCACUGCAGGCUGUGCUGCCAUUAAACGAGAGAGGCCGAGGCCCCUGUGCUGUGCUUCUUGGGGCGGCGGGGACGGCGGGUCGGCAUCCUUUCUCUUCUCAGGUUUGAGUUCCGACCAUUCACCCGUGCACCCUCCUGUUCAUCCUUCUGUGUGUCUGUCUGCACAGACACUCACCUGCCAACCCACUCACCCCUCGUCUGUCCACACGGUCAUCCAUCCAGUCGUCCGUCCAGCUUCCACUUAUCCAUCCAUCCACAUACCCGUCUGUCAUCCAGCUACCCGUCUGUCUACCCAUGCAUCCAUCCACCCAUAUCUGUCCAUCCACCUAGCCAUGUGCUUAUUAAACACCUACUUUGUUCUGGGCCCCGUUGUAGGGCUCUGUUAACCACCAAGUCCAACCCCCACCUUCCCGAGUCCUACGAGGGGUGGCGGUAGGGGAAGACAGAUCAGUGCGACAGAGUCCCUCCCCAUCUGAUCUUACCCAGAGCCUCCACUGGAGACAAGACUGUGCCAUGCCUGGGGAGAGGAAAGCACAUAGCCCUGGAGUCAGAGGCCUGGGUUCGAAUCCUGUCUCCAGCUCUUACUAGUUACGGUACUUAACUUC